AUCUGUAUCUGCCGCCAUGUCCGCCUCCGCCAUGCGCCGCGUCGUCGCUCCCCGCCGCGCAGCCGUCUCCAGGAUCCUACCCAAUUACCAAGGAAUGACGGCGGCGACGACGAGGAAGGCCGCCGCCGCCUCCACCGUCGACGUCUUCUUGAGCCACAGGGGAGUGGACACGAAGAGCACCGUGGCGGGGCUGCUCUACGACAGGUUGGCCCAGAUGGGCGUCCGGCCCUUCCUCGACUGCCGGUCGAUGGAGCCCGGCGACAAGAUCUACGAGCGGGUCGACGCAGGAAUUCGGCAGAGCCGCGUGGGCGUCGCCAUCUUCUCCCCGGGAUACUGCGACUCUGUUUUCUGCCUCCACGAGCUCGCCAUGAUGGUGGAGUCAGGCAAGAAGCUCAUCCCCAUUUUCUACGACGUCAAGCCGUCGGAGCUCGCCGUCGGCGCCGCUGCCUCCUCUGCCGCGGAGUCGCCGGAGGACCUAGCCCGCUACGCCAGGGCCAUCCGCGAGGCCAAGCUCACCGUCGGCUUGACCUUCGACUCCAAGAAGGGGGAUUGGUCGGAUUUGGUGACGAGGACUUCCAACGUCGUGCUCAAGUGCUUGAAGCAGGCAAAGGUUUGAAUCAAGUGAAUGUUAUUAACAAAACAAAGUCGAGGG